UCAUUCCUAGCGCGACUACAUGUCCCGGCAUUCCGUAUGUAGCUUGAUUACCAGGCAUUCCUUUGGCCGACUACACCUCCCAUCAUGCAUCUCUGACAACAACAACAACAACAACAACUUUAUUGUUCAGGAUGAAGCGGCUAAUGGACAUGGUCAUGCAAGUCAGUUGGCUGAGAGAGGAGAACUGCGUGCACUGGCAUGUAAAGUCUUCCCACAAUGAAUCGGGGGGUGAUGUAGCAAGCAGUCAAUAGAGUGGAGAAGUGGACCAGUGAAGAAAUUACCCGUAGAAACUAGAAACCAAUCCGCAUUGAGCAGUGAACGGAAUACAUCCCCACCGAUCGGGCUUCACCAAAAGAUUUCUCCGACGGUUACCGUGUAGGAUCCACCACCAGGCUUUUAUACGGUGCCCCAAAGAACUUUCACCCCUGCACUUAGAAGAUGGAAUCCAAAGUUUCAGAAGGAGGUUUAAAUGUCACCUUGACAAUUCGUCUUCUAAUGCAUGGCAAGGAGGUUGGCAGCAUAAUUGGGAAGAAAGGAGAAACUGUAAAAAAGAUGCGGGAAGAGAGUGGAGCUCGAAUAAACAUUUCAGAAGGGAAUUGUCCAGAGAGGAUCGUUACCAUCACCGGACCAACAGAUGCUAUUUUCAAGGCCUUUGCCAUGAUCGCUUAUAAGUUUGAAGAGGAUAUCAUAAACUCAAUGAGUAAUAGCACCGCAACCAGCAAACCACCAGUGACUUUAAGACUUGUAGUACCAGCAAGCCAGUGCGGCUCCUUAAUCGGAAAAGGCGGCUCCAAAAUCAAGGAAAUUAGAGAGUCUACAGGGGCCCAAGUACAGGUGGCCGGGGACAUGCUGCCCAACUCCACAGAGCGGGCGGUUACCAUUUCGGGCACUCCUGAUGCCAUCAUCCAGUGUGUGAAGCAGAUAUGUGUGGUGAUGCUGGAGGUACAGUCUGUCGGAGCAGCGUCCCCACCAAAAGGUGCCACCAUCCCUUACCGUCCAAAACCCGCCUCCGCCCCUGUCAUUUUUGCAGGUGGUCAGGUAAGAGCGGACCCACUGGGUGCCUCCACUGCCAACCUCAGCCUAUUGCUGCAGCACCAGCCUCUGCCCGCCUAUUCCAUCCAAGGACAGUACGCAAUCCCCCACCCUGAUCAGUUGACCAAGCUCCACCAGUUGGCCAUGCAGCAAACCCCUUUUACUCCCCUCGGACAGACCACCCCUGCUUUCCCUGGAGAAAAGCUGCCCUUACAUUCCUCUGAAGAAGCUCAAAACUUGAUGGGCCAGUCAGCAGGUAUGGAUGCCAGUGCCCAGGCAAGUACUCAUGAACUCACCAUACCAAAUGAUCUAAUAGGCUGCAUCAUCGGACGCCAAGGGACCAAAAUCAAUGAAAUUCGACAGAUGUCUGGAGCUCAGAUAAAAAUUGCCAGCGCCAUGGAGGGGUCAGCAGAGCGCCAGAUCUCUAUCACUGGGAGCCCAGCUAACAUCAGCCUCGCUCAGUACCUCAUCAACGCCAGGCUGACUUCUGAGGUUACUGGAAUGGGCGCGCUGUAACUUCCUCUCCUAAGUCUUCCUUCUCUGACUCCUCUGGCCACUGCUGACUGUCUUCAAGAAUUAUUUGCUUUAUUCCAUCCUCCGUGCGACUCUACAGAGCUGUAUGAUAGGUGCAGGACUUGCCAAAGCCGCUCAUGUAACCCUGUGUGUAGUUACAUGUAGCUCCAGCGUGUGACAUGCCAGUCACAUAGGAACACACUCAGCCAUUGUGAGACCGCAUUACAGGCCUGCACAUAUGUACAAGUAUUGCAAUACAUGCAUGUUGAGUCAUGAUCUUGCAAUAACUUGCAAGCCACUACAUACUGGUCAUUACUUCUAUGUUCUAGCUAGACUCCAUAUACAGCAUAUUUAACAUUGGUGUUCACACAGCGGCACAUGCAUGCAGCAUAUUCUUUGAUAAAGGGUAAAUAUUAAUAAUCAUAAUUAUAGGAAUUGGAAAGUCCAUUAUAUCUAAUGAAUUAUCCGCUGCUGUUUCAUUUAUUUAUUGUAUUUGUUCAUUUUGAAUGGAUUGGUAAUGUGAUACUGAACGUAAAUGGAUUUGUGUUUAGUCAUUUGGUAAUUAGCAUGUACACAUCACAUCUAGUACAAGUAGGACACUUACUGUAACCCAUAGCAACCACUCAGAUAUUAGGUUACCUUUGAUUACGUUUUACUGCUAGAACUUGAUAUCUGAUUGGUUGCUGUCAGUUACAAUGGAGGAUCGAUCUCUGCACUACAUUAUUAUAUAAGCCCCCAUAAAGAUGAGUAGGCCAGAAAGUGUCCAAGACAAAAGUAGAAGACCCAGACUACUGGCCAUAAUACUGUAUAUGCUCUUAGUUUCAUAUGGUAUAUUCCAAUUACAACUUCCCACUGACGUUCCUUGUGAACAUAUCGUUAAUGAGGUUGAACGCCUUUCUACAACCACAGCUGGUUAGGCUUACCUCCCCUCAUGUACUUUUACUAUGGUGAUUAAUUCAGACUGCUCUUACGUCAGCACUGCAGGACCCACGCACCCCGAUAACAAUGAGGACCUGGCUAGAGGUGGAGGCCCACCCAAAAAAGUACAUGAAAGGAGGUUUGUAUAACUAACAACGGGGUGUACAAAGGUGUACAAGUCCUUCAAAAAACGGAGUCAUAAUUUGCUAUUCACAAAUCACCCAAACCGGGUACAUGAUUGUAAAGAGGAUAUACAGAAUCCAUGUAAAUUAUUCCAGACCUAUGGAUUCUCUCUAUGAGAUCCCUCUCUACUUUACCGACAAUGUAUUGCCCCCCGGCUUCUGAUAACGUUUUAUUCUGUACAAAUGUUAUGCUUUCAUCAGGCUUUCGCUAACAGUCCCUAACACUGCCUAUAGUAACAGUCCCUAACACUGACUAUAGUAACAGUCCCUAACACCGCCUAUAGUAACAGUCCCUAACACCGCCUAUAGUAACAGUCCCUAACACCGCCUAUAGUAACAGUCCCUAACACCGCCUAUAGUAACAGUCCCUAACACCGCCUAUAGUAAAAGUCCCUAACACUGCCUAUAGUAACAGUCCCUAACACCGCCUAUAGUAACAGUCCCUAACACUGCCUAUAGUAACAGUCCCUUACACUGCCUAUAGUAACAGUCCCUAACACUGCCUAUAGUAACAGUCCCUAACACUGACUAUAGUAACAGUCCCUAACACCGCCUAUAGUAACAGUCCCUAACACCGCCUAUAGUAACAGUCCCUAACACUGCCUAUAGUAACAGUCCCUAACACCGCCUAUAGUAACAGUCCCUAACACUGCCUAUAGUAACAGUCCCUUACACUGCCUAUAGUAACAGUCCCUAACACUGCCUAUAGUAACAGUCCCUAACACCGCCUAUAGUAACAGUCCCUAACACUGCCUAUAGUAACAGUCCCUAACACCGCCUAUAGUAACAGUCCCUAACACUGCCUAUAGUAACAGUCCCUAACACCACCUACAGUAUGUACAUAGAUAUUUCUUGCUUUAAGACAUAUAACAAUGCUCCCCAAUUACCUCAGUACUCAGAGAGAUUAUUUUACCUCAUCCUCCAUUCCUUCUGCUCCAGGCGCAUCUGAUUUUACUGUUUGUUUCAUUAUUGGGGCUCCCUUAGCUUCUGAUGUCUCCGCUGUGGAAUGAAACUUAGUUCAUUUAAGUAUGAUAAUGUUGUCUUAUUCUUCUUUGGGAUUAUUGAUGUGUAUGCAAUAAUUAUUUAUUCAAAAAGUCUAAUAUAUAUUAUUC